AUGCAGACAGCUUCUCACGCCAGUUCCAUUCCAGCAUUGAUGGGCAGAAGCAACGCAUUUUCCUCAACAUACACCCUCCAUCGGGGCAUGGGAAUGCCACUGACAGGUGUGAAUGAUGUCUCCCGUGCUCAUCAAUACUCGGGUACUUCUCGAGUCCUGGAAGGUAUGCUGGACCGAAAUCAGACUCCCAUCUUCCAGCAGCCAUUGGCAGAGCCUACACAGCGAUCCCAGACCCAGGUUGAAGCACCCCCUUUUGAAGAAACGAGUGUUCUCGAGGCAAUCGUGGCGGAAGUUGGAGGCACUCAGCAGACUGUGAAGCCAGACGUCCAAGCGAAGAUUGGAAGAGGCUUCUUCUCAUCCGAUGGGAAAUGGACCUGCUAUCGACGAAAUUAUUUCGCUGUAACUUGCAGCUUCAGUCUCCAUCCUUGGCCUUCCACCGUCCCUCUCUACAUUCGUCACCCAGAUCAGACCCUCGAACCAAUUCGAGGAUUCGCCAUGUCCAUUUCCGCCAUUGUUAAUGGACAAUACGGGGAUACUCGAGAGCUUGUUCAGCACACUCCUAAAAGGGACAAGCUGUCAGAACGCAAGCCAUGUCGAAUCCCACUUCAGCCCUCUCCGCCCCCAUCAUUCGGUGUUUCAACUGGAAAUCACGGCCAUGUUGGUUUCCCCCUGGGUUCGCAGUCUACGGACUACAACACGUCUUUCACAGGAACUCCUCAGCCUUGUGCUCAGCCCGCGACCUCCCAUAUGUUUGAGCGAAUCCAAUUCCAGAAGGCGACUGCCAACAACGGCAAGCGCCGAGCUCAACAGCAGUUCUACAAUUUAGUAGUCGAGCUCCACGCUGAGGUUUCUGGACCUGUUGGUAACGAUCCGCAGUGGGUUCUCAUUGCUCGGAAACACUCGCACCAAAUGGUUGUUCGAGGACGCUCGCCCGGUCACUACAAGGACGGGCGUCGCGAUAGCACCACGAGCAUGGGCCCCGAUGGAAGCAGCGGUGAUGGACCUGGAGGGCUUUCUCACGGCAUGGGUCAAAAUGCACGCUCGCCCCUAAUGAUGUAUGAUGGACACAGGAGUAGCCUAUCAUACGGACGACAAGACUACCGCCAGAUGUCUACCACUGAGCACUCCCCUCUGAGCGACAGCCCACUUAUCUCGUCAUCGUCUUCAUCCGGCUUUGAUUACUCCAUGAUGAAUGAUACCAUGGACCCAAUGGAUACGAUGAAGACGGCAUCUACUCUGGACCCGUAUCAGGAUCCGGAAUUUCCAGCAAUACCCAACCAGCAUCGCUCGAGCGCGGGCGGAUACGACCCGGUCUACUCGACCUAUGGCCGUUACGACCCGAUACAGAAUCCGCAUAGCCUAUGCACCUAG